AUGGAGACUGCACAGAGGCUCAUAAGGACUUGGGUCGCGUCGCCACGAGAAAAUGAGAUCGACGACACUGCUUCAGGCAUCGCUGCCGGCGACAUCCAGCUUCUCCAUAUAGUGAAGGCCUUGGGGGAAUACUUGACCUCCGAGGAUGGUGACCUACGGAACAAGGGUGUGGAUUUUCUGGCAUCUGUUGUUGGCCGUUAUCCACGAGAGAAAAUAAAUCGCCAGGCCGUUAAAGUCCUCAUCGGAUUCUUCAAGUCCAAGCUCGAGGACACUGAGACUAUCAUACCCGCUCUGAAAGGCAUUCUGAACCUGACACCCCUUCCCUCUUUCAUAUCUGAGGAUGCAGUCGAGAUCGCCGAGGCUCUUUUCGCCCAUGUGAAAAUGCAAGCCCUCGUCCAGGUCCAACGAUAUGUUGUUUUCUCCAUAUUCGACUCACUCAUAGCGCUUCAUCGUGAUGCUUUGAAGAGUAUGGGAAAGGGUUUCAUUAAACGGUAUGCUGUUCUGGCUGAUGGGGAGAAGGAUCCUCGAAAUCUCCUAGUCGCGUUCGCGAUCGCUCGAGUUAUCUUGAUCGAAUUUGACAUCACGGAAACCGUUGAGGAUAUGUUCAACGUCACGUUCUGUUAUUUCCCCAUUACAUUCCGCCCUCCCCCCGACGAUCCAUAUGGUAUUACCGCUGAUGAUCUCAAAAAGGCACUCCACUUGAGCCUCAGUGCUACUCCUGCUUUUGGGCCUCCUGGCAUCCCAUUAUUUCUUGAGAAGCUGAACGCUGGCACCCCUCUCACAAAGCGCGACACCCUCCAAACCAUGGCCAUAUGCAUCCCCGUUUACGGUUCUAUCCAGGCACGUACGUCGGCGCGAAAGCUUUGGAGCUCUCUCAAGCUCGAGAUCUUCCAACCCACGGACCCUAUCACGGAAGAGGAAGCCCUCAAGACGAUGCAAGUUCUGAUCAAGACGAUUUAUGCGGACGACAGCGAGAACAAGGACUCUGACGAAGACAUCGCCGGCCUUGCGAAAGAAGCAUGCGAGGAGUGUAUACAGAUCCUACGGGAGCCUGAGAAGAGUCAGGCUAAGCCUGCAAUCAAAGUGCUUUGCGCGUUCAUGUCCACGACUCCUUCUGUCUCCAGAUACACACUCUCGCAGACCGUCCCACAUCUGAUCAAGCUCUUCUACAAUCCAGAUGAACUCCCAAAUCGCGGCCCCGUGCUCUCCCUCUUGUCUUCACUUAUAUCUGCGGCCCGCGAUUCCACCGUGAAAAGUUCAUCGACUCCCGAUGAGCCUGGGGAGGUUCCUUUAUCGCCGUUCAAAGACGAGGUGCUAGGUGCACUCACAGUGGGCCUGAAAGCGCCAUCAUCUGCGCAGCCCGCGAUAGAGGGCCUUCUGGCGAUGGUGACCACCCCUGCACUUCUGGAAGACGAAGAGAUCGGUUUCGUCGUGCAAAAUGUGAACGAUGUACUCGUUAGCGACCGUGGUGACGUCUCCGACAUCAGCGAUGCCGCCUUGAACCUCCUCACAACCAUCUCGACUCUCGCGCCAAGCCAUAUUUCUCAGACAACGCUCCCGCUGCUAUUUUCUUUACUGACUGACACCGCACCUCCACGCUCGGACGGCCAAGCACGCACGCGUCUGUGGGCCACCUUGUCCUCACUCACCCAGCUCUGCGUACAGCCAGAGCUAUUCGAGACCCUGGUCAUCCGUCUCUCCACGAAGCUCGACCUGCUCUGCGCACCUCCCACCGGCGGCCCUGACCCGUCUGUCGACGUCGAUGCUGACUUUGAGCCAACGGCCGCCUAUGCCCACGCCGUCCUGACGACGCUCGCGAACGUGCUCUCGAAGAAGGUCGACCGGGGAGACGUGGACGUUCCGAAAUAUGUCGACCAGUUGGUUCCGCGCCUGUUCAACCUGUUCAUCUACUCCGCAUCGUCUUCGCAGAAGGGACUCGUCGCGACCGACACACGGCUUGUGACCGUGGCAGGGCGGAUUGUGAACCUGGUGGUUCAGACGCUGUCGGUGCAGAAACAGGAAACAUUCACUGCUGCGUUGGUCGGUGGGUAUCUCAAGGGCGAUGUAAAGGCUAUCGCGAACGGGUAUCAGAAGAUCCCUGCGGACGUCGAGUUCCUCCCCUUUCAUAACAGCGCCGCACCUUUCCAAAAGAAUCUGGUCGUUCUGUUGUCGCAAGCCCUCAUUGCACUGCACAAAGAGGUACAUAUCCCUGUGGAAGACCAAGGAGCCUUUUUGGAUAUGCUGAUCCAAUGGAGCAUAUAUCACUCUGACAAUUCGAUAGCGAGGGAGAGCGCCUGGCACAUCAUCGCCGCUGUUGUCAACAAACGAGAAGCCGACCUCGCGCCCUUCCUCUCUUCCAAACUCGAGUUAUUCUGGCCAUCCGAGAUCUUGACAAACAGCGGCGGAGCAGACGCCCGACGUCUCGCCAUCCGUGCAUGGGUCAUGUCGUUCGUCGAUCGCCUCUUUGGCCUGUUCGAAGACGAGGAGGUCAGCUGGGACGCCGCCAGAGCCGUCGGUCAGAUCGUGGCUGCAGAUCCCGUCCUCACGAAGAAGAACCAUGCUGUGAUCAGGAUCCUGUACGCACAAAAAUACGCGAAUGCCAUCCUCCCCCGGAUCAUAUCUGGUGCCAAGUCCCAUGACGAUCCGCAAAAACAAACCGCCCACCUCGUCGCGCUCACCUCGCUCAUCAAGUCCGUCCCAAAAUCAACCUACGCCCACGAAAUGCGCACGCUCAUGCCGCUGCUGCUCCGCGGGCUGGACCUCCCCGACACCGACAUCCGCGCCAACGUGAUCGACACGCUGCUCGCCGCCGCGCACGCGGACGUCGACGCGGACGCGAAGCACGCGAAGGAGGGCAGCGUCGUCGCGGAGCACGCGGCGAGCCUGACGGCGACGAUGCUGCGGAACACGCUCGCGGCCAGCAUGCCCAGCGCGAAGGUGCGCAUCGCCGCGCUGCGUUAUCUCGCCGUCCUUCCCAAGGUCGUGCGCUACGACGUGCUGCAUCCGCACAGAGCGGCAGUGCUGCGAGACCUGGCGCGCGCGCUGGACGACCCGAAGAGAGCCGUGCGGAAGGAGGCGGUGGACGCGCGGACGAAUUGGUUCACUUACAGCGGCUGAUGUGUCUCGGUCGACAAGUCGACCGCGCGACGCGGGCUGAAAGAUGUGUUGUAAGAGUACCGUUAGAAUUAUAUCUUUAUUGUCCUU